AUGAAGUCCAACGGCCUCUUCCCUCUCGUGGUGCUCUUUGCCCUGGGGACUCUGGAACCUUGGACUGUGGAAGGCGUUGAAAAGAUGCCUGUGAAAGCUGGCCUCUGCCCCCCUAGGAAACCUGCCCAGUGCUUGAGAUAUGAACCACCUGAGUGCAAGAGUGACUGGCAGUGUCCCGGGAGGAAAAGGUGUUGCCCUGAUUUUUGUGGUAUCAAAUGUCUGGAUCCUAGUGCCACCUUGGCAACAGAUAAGAAGAAGCCUGGGAAGUGCCCAGUGGUCAAUGGCCAAUGUUUGAUGCUCAAUCCCCCCAAUCACUGUGGGAAGGACAGCCAGUGUGAGGGGAACUUCAAGUGCUGCAGAGGCAUGUGUGGGAAAGUCUGUGUGGCCCCUGUGAAAGAUAUGGGAUGGAAAGAAGAGGCUGAGGGCUGGACAGACAUGAAUUUGCAUCAUGGAUCUGAAGGUACUGGCUCUGUGAUUUUGGCCAAGUGA